ACCAGUAAAGAAGUAGGCCAAUAAAAAGCAAUGGGACUCAUCAUCAAGUAGCCCAAUCCUUUUGAAAAGCUCAUCCUAUAAAAUGGUAAAGAUAUUGCUACUAAAACCAGAGGCAAUUCCCCAAAAUGGUUUGUUCGCUUAUCAUUCUCCUCAUCCUCUGCUUAGCCUUGCUGAAUACCCUCAGUGCAGCUUUUGUGGAGGAAAUCACAGAUGUCAUAGCGAUAAACUGCGAGCAAAAGACGAGCCAUCUCCACUUCUACUUCCAUGAUAUCGUUAGUGGCAAAAGCCCAAGUGCUGUCAGAGUUGCAGGGCCUCCAAACAGUACCAUUUUCGACUUCCGGAACACGAUGAUGGUUGAUGAUGCACUAACCGAAGGGCCUAAACUCGCAUCAAAAAUCGUGGGAAGGGCUCAAGGAUUUUAUGCCAUGGCUUCUCAAAAUGAGGCUUCACUGCUUAUGGUUAUGAACUUUGUUUUCAUGGAAGAUAAGUAUAAUGGCAGUAGCAUUACCAUUCUUGGGAGAAAUCCAGUGUUUAGUGACGUGAGAGAAAUGUCUAUUGUUGGAGGUAGCGGGCUUUUCGGGAAUGCUCGUGGCUAUGCAUUGGCACAUACAAUUUCGGUUGACCCGAAAACAGGAGAUGCCAUUGUCGAGUACCAUGUUUACGUAUUGCAUUUCCAGGGAUUUGUUUUGGCUUAAGCUUGAGAUCGGAUGAGUAAGGGGAUCUUGUCUUGUCUUGUUUAUUUUAUUUAUUUUUUUCUUCAAAUGUGCUCUAUCGUAUUGGGGUCAUGAUUGCCUCAAAUGUAUUGUUACCCCCAAAAAUUAUUAAUACUCUAUAUAUGUGGGCAUUGCCUGCU